AUGCGUAUUAAAAAAUGGAGUUACGCCGUUUUUUUGGAAUACAGUGUUAGUUUUGGACUGCUAUGUGGAUUACGGGGGCUUUUUGAUCACUAUAAAGACAAUGCAAGCUCGCACACAGCCCAAAAAACAAGGCAGUAUUUAUCGGAAGAAAACGUGGAAUUAUUGGACCAUCCUCCAUAUAGUCCGGAUCUAAGAGGCCUAACGAUUUCUUUACUUUCCCGAAAAUUAAAAACAGACUGCGCAUCUAUUUCCUUCUGCAUUCACACGUGCCGGGACUGCACGGUGGGAUUUAGCUCUAAAUCUAGCCAUUUCUCUCAUGCUGAAAUUGAGAUUUUUCCUUGA